GACAACAACACAACUUCCGGCCGAUCCUCACGGACAAGAAACAGGCAGCGUUCCCCUUUCAGAGACCGCAACAGAUUUCGUUAAUAACAGCGUAAUAGUGUAUGUUUAAUGGACCAGUAAAGAUCAGUUUCGCGGUACGUGUCAGGAGCAUCAGUGGAUAAAUCUUUGCACUGCGGAUUCAGUCUUCCAGAAGGGUGAGCAUGAGCGAGGGCGAGGUGUUUCAUGAGAAGCAGAGACUGGAGCUGUGCGCCAUCCAUGCCUUGAACAACGUGCUUCAGGAGAGAGUUUUCACUAAAGAGACCGCCGAUGACAUCUGCAAGCGACUUGCCCCGCAGUGUGUAAUGAAUCCACACCGCUCAGUGCUGGGCACGGGAAACUAUGAUGUCAAUGUCAUCAUGGCAGCUUUGCAGAGUCGAGGACUCGCUGCUGUUUGGUGGGACAAACGUAGGUCAGUACAGAAUUUGUGCCUGGACAAAAUUCAGGGCUUCAUUUUGAAUGUCCCGUCAAGGGUGUCACUGGGAAUUGUGUCUCUCCCACUGAGACGGAGACACUGGCUGGCGGUACGAGAGGUUCACGGACAUUUCUAUAACCUAGACUCCAAAUUAAAAGGGCCUGCCUGUAUAGGCGGAGAAACAGAACUCAGGUCAUUUCUCAUUGAACAGCUCUCUCAGGAUGUAGCAGAGAUGCUCCUGGUCGUCCAAAAGGAAGUGGACGAAGAUGGAACGUGGCUGAAGCCUGACGACACUAGGAAGUGAUGUAACCGAACAUUCUCUCUCUCUUUCUCUGUCAGUGUGGAUUAAAUACUGAAAGAGAAACACUGGAGGCACAGCAAGAUCACAUCCACAUCCACACACACACAUGCAAAGGGAAGUCCUGGUGUUUCCUCAAAACGAAGGAAUGACGUCGCUCUCCUCUUUUAUUUCUCUUUCUCUCCUCUCAGGAACUCCAUCUCUCACUUUAUCUCUAUCUAUGCACUCCACUGCUGAAGUAGAUCAAAGAUUCGUCUGUCUUUUGUUACAACUAUGCACAGAAAUGGUACUUUAGAGUCUCGUUCAUUGCCUUUUUAGACGUAUGUGUGCAGAUCUUUUACUAUGCAGGAAUACGAGAGGCAAGAGAUGGAAGCUCUGUCUCUCGCUCGAGUCCUUUUCUCUUCUUUUGCAAACCGCCUCAUCGACGUCGAGCGAACAAACGAGAAGAUUCCUGUUAUUUAUUUAAAUUUCUACUCGGUAGCGUAGCAAAUGUUGGUAAUCGUUCUCACUGAUUACUAAUGUUUGUCGAUUGUUAAUGUCGGUUUUGGUGUCAGAGCUGGGUUUUAUUAUCAUAUACAUGGUAUUUAAUCAACACGUUGACUGAGUCAGUUGGAUUUUGUUGAGGGAAGGGCGGAGGGGGGAAUUUGAACACGACGGGGUAAAUAUGACACUAUAAGUGGACAAAAUUAAUAAAAUGAAUAUGAAUAAAG